AUCAUACUUUUAACUAUAAGAUCCCUUCCCUACUUCCAGCGAGAGCCUUUUACCGUUUUCAGAGUGGCCAAGCGGAGCUGAGAAUUCCAUGCUUGUUCAGUGUUGGAAGCUUGAAAGCGUCACACCAGCGGCAAUCCUCAUGUUCCAUAGUUCUUCUUCUUUGCAAAUGCGAACUAUUGGGGCAAUACGACCUCAAUUGACGGAGUUAUUCAACCGUUCGUGUUUCAGAAGCUUCGGAGUUAGAGCUCUCUCGUCUUCAUCUCUGGCCUCCUCGAAUCAAUCCCGCGGUGGUCUUCCUCGCUUCUUCUCCCAAGUUCUUCCUUCUUAUAAGGGUGAUGUUAUUCGUCUAGAAGGCGAUGAAGUCUGGCAUAUGACUAAAGUUUUGAGGUUGAAGACUGAUGAUAGGGUGGAGCUGUUCAAUGGAAAUGGAGGUUUAGUUGAAGGGAGCAUAAAGAACGUUCGUGUCAACGGACUCGACAUUCUGGCAAUGGAAGAUCCAAAAUCUGUUCUACCUCAAAGCACACAGUGGCAUGUAUUUGCAGCUUGUGGUACUCUAAAGGGCGGUCGUGCUGAUUGGCUUGUUGAGAAAUGUACAGAACUGGGUGCCAGUAGCGUAACUCCACUGCUAACAGAACGUUGCGCUACCAUAUCUGAUAACCGGGUACACAGAUUUGAACGUAUCACAUUGGCAGCAACUAAACAAUGUCAAAGACUGCACCAAAUGAGUCUGAAUUCUCCAUUGAAGAUUGAUGGUCUUUUGCACAUAAUUAAUGAGUCGAAGCUAUCUUUUGUAGCAGUUGCAGAAGCAACCCCGCUUGUAAGUGCAUUAGCUUCAAUUGAAACCGAGUCUGGUGGGCUUUUGGUCGUCGGACCUGAAGGAGACUUCACCGAAAAAGAGGUCAAUAUGAUGAAAGAAGCAGGUGCAAUUCCAGUUGGUCUUGGUCCAUAUCGACUUCGUGUUGAAACUGCAACAGUUGCAAUCUUAUCAACCCUGAUGUUAUGGUCUGACUCGAGAAGUUCUAAUCGUUAAUCUCUCUUUCAGGAUAUCAUCAAGAUCAGCACCAUUUCUAAGCCUCAAAGUCGGAGCGUUUGAGGCACGAGGCAUGUCGACAAUUUGAGACAUUCUACAAAAUAACUUGGGCUCGGUUUGAUAACCAUUUCUUUUUUUAAGAUUAAGAGCAGAAAUACUACUUCUAUCUAUGUUUGUUAUAUCUACGUUCUAACCAUAUUUUCGAAAUUCAUGCACGUUUUGAAAAUUAAGAAAAAGUUGCCUUAACAUUGGUCAA